GGUACAGGACGAAGGUAAGAAAAGCCAGGACAAAGGCCAUCGCUUUGUAAAAGCUUGAAGUGCAGUUUGCUGCUGAGUACAGAAGACCUUUGCAAACAGAGAGGGGAGAUUUUCUCUGUAAGGUUGCAAACAAGAGCAGGUCCUGGAAGAUUCCCCGCCAUGUUAUCCUCCAUGGUGUUUUGGGGACUAAUUGCCCUCAUUGGCACUUCCAGGGGCUCGUACCCCUUCACUCACUCAAUGAAGCCUCACCUACAUCCACGCCUGUACCAUGGCUGCUACGGGGACAUCAUGACCAUGAAGACCUCUGGGGCCACUUGUGAUGCAAACAGUGUGAUGAACUGCGGGAUCCGUGGUUCUGAAAUGUUUGCUGAGAUGGAUUUGAGGGCCAUAAAACCUUACCAGACUCUGAUUAAAGAAGUCGGGCAGAGACACUGCGUGGACCCUGCUGUCAUCGCAGCCAUCAUCUCCAGAGAAAGCCAUGGCGGAUCUGUCCUGCAAGACGGCUGGGACCACAGGGGACUUAAAUUUGGCUUGAUGCAGCUUGAUAAACAAACGUACCACCCUGUCGGUGCCUGGGACAGCAAAGAGCACCUUUCACAGGCUACUGGGAUUCUAACAGAGAGAAUUAAGGCAAUCCAGAAAAAAUUCCCCACGUGGAGUGUUGCUCAGCACCUCAAAGGUGGUCUCUCAGCUUUUAAGUCAGGAAUUGAAGCGAUUGCCACCCCAUCGGACAUAGACAAUGACUUCGUCAAUGAUAUCAUUGCUCGAGCUAAGUUCUAUAAAAGACAAAGCUUCUAG